UGAACCACCAAAACCCUGAAAACACAAACUCACUUCUGAGUAUUACAGAGAAGAAACCAUAAGAAAGAAAUGGAAGUCAACUUCGGAUCAAUCCUGGUGUCUAUCCUGUUCAUGGGAUUGAUAACACUAUCACUCAAAAUAGUCAACUGGGUUUGGUUAAGGCCGAAGAAACUGGAGUUGUUCUUGAGAAAACAGGGCCUCAACGGCAAUCCGUACAAACUCCUCAUCGGAGACAUGAAACAAUUAAUCUCUGUAAUGGAAAAGGAACGGCCGGUGUCAAUCCAACUCUCCGACCACCUUCCGCCGCAUAUUCUUCCUUAUUACCACCAAACCAGAACCAAAUUCGGUGAGAAUUCGUUUAUAUGGUUCGGACCGUCUCCGAGGUUGGUGAUAGCUGAUCCGCAGCUGAUGAAGGAGAUUCUCACGAAACCCGACGUGUUCCAGAAGCCCCGACCCGACCCGAUUGGGGAGGCGAUUGCGGGUGGGCUUCUUCUUCUUGAGGAUGAGAAAUGGGCCAAGCACAGA